UAUCAAUGAUAAAUAUUAUCAUUUAUAGUUAGAAAACCAAAAGCGUUUGAAAGAUGAAGAUAUUUAUUAUAUAUUUUUUUUUAGUUAAAGUGACUGUUCUUGGGAAAUAGUGAGUGGUGGAAUACUGUAGAGACGAUUUAUGUUUAAUUAAAUAGUGGACCAGUACUACAUAGAUACAGGAGUAUAUCAAAACAUCAGUGGAUAUGGCCACCACAGACAAUGAAGAAGAUGACUACAUGUCCGACGCUUUCCUCAACACUGAGACUGUAAAAGAUGUUCGACCCGGCCUGUUGCUAACGCAUGAACAGCAACGACUUCACAAUCAGAUAAAAAAGAGAAAGGAAUGCCAAUUGACAAACAAGGCUACUGGAGCAAAGGCAUUGGAAGAGCAGCAGCGUCAGGAAGGACUAGAAAAGGCCAUUGAUAGUACCAACAAAGGUUUUUCACUGUUACAAAAAAUGGGUUACAAACCUGGAUUGGGAAUUGGCAAAAAUAAUUCUGGAAUAGUAGAACCCAUUGGUAUUGUGUUAAAAACUGACCGAAAAGGAUUGGGUCGAGAAGCUGCGUUAAAACAAGUUAGAGAAAUGAAAAAAAAAAUAAUACGCAGUAGGCUUUCAACUGAGCCCAGUGUAUGUGAGUAUAGAGAAAGAAGGGCUCAGGAAGCUUCUGAAAAAUUAGAUCGUUCAGACUUAUAUAGAUGCCAACGAGUUUGCCGCCAAAUGGAUUUAGAUCAGGAUAUACUAGAACCGUCUGAAAAGUUCUUUUGGCCUGUGGAAAGUUCUGACGUUGAAACAGAUAAACCAAAGCAAGAAGAAGUAGAAGAUUUAAUGUCAUUAAAUGAACAAUUGGAAAUUUUAAAUUUUUAUUUGAGGCAUACAUACAACUACUGUGUUUACUGUGGAAUAGUGUUUAACGAUGAGAGUGAUUUGAUGGAAGAAUGUCCUGGACCCAAUCGGCAAGAUCAUUAAACUAGAAUACUUAUUAAUGCAUUUUAAUAUAUGACCAAAACAUAGGAACAAAGUCUUAUAAUUUAUUAAAUGUUUUGUACUUUUUUUUAUAAUAAAAAAUAAUAAUUCAGUAUUGUAUAAUAAGUGAAAUUUGAC